GCCGCAGCCAGGCCGCGCGCCGGGCCAGUGUGGUGCGGAGCCUGCGGAGCCGCGCCGAGCUGCGCCGUGUUUUGAUGCGACGCGCUGGUGCUUCUGCUGCUGCUGGGGACUCGGAGUUGCACACGAUGUUCGGGGCCCCGAUCUCGCCGAGCUCUCGUCAGCUGGUACAUGACCCAGCGACGCCGCUGUGUGGCGCCGCCACCUCCGGGUCGCCGCCAGACGACCUGCGGGUCCAGGGUCGGAUGAUCGCGAGCUGCUGCAGCCACCUGGACCUCCAGCACCUGCGCAGCCUCAACCAGGGUGGCAAGCUCAAGCUGGCCCAGGGUCGCCUCCAGGAACCCGACGUGCAGUGGACCCUGGUGGUGGUGCGGGACUUUGGCGGCGACAAGGCGUCCGUCAGGCUGGCCAAUGUGAAGGGGCGUGGACUGGGCCAGGUGCGCUUCGCGGGCCGCGUCGACACCGAGUCCACGUUCGGAGCCGCGACCCACGGCACGAUGCGCAACGUUGGCCCCGACGGCCUCGUCGACGAGCUCACCAACUUCCUCGCCCCGGCUUCACCGUACGGAUCGCACGGCCAGGCGCAGCAGAGCAAGAUGCAGGUUCACAUCGCCGUGUAUCGCAACGAAACAUCGAACGAGGGCCAGCAGGGUGACGAUCUGAGCGCCGACCUCGCCAAGCUGCUCGAGCAGGGUGUGCUCAGCGACGUGGUCCUCCAGGCGGGCGGCGCCAAGGCCAAGGUGGACCUGCGCGCGCACAAGGCGGUGCUGGCGGCGCGCAGCCCGGUCUUCCAGAGGCUCCUCAUGUCCGACAUGGUGGAGAGCCGCACCAGUACCGUGGCCGUCGACUUCCCCGCCCCCAUCAUGGAGCUCGUGCUCAGGUACGCGUACACGGGCCGCGUGGACCUCGGCGCGGAGGACGCCAAGGCCGGCGAGCAGGCGGGCGAGGGCGAGGCCGUCACGGCCAUGGCGCUGCUCGCGGCCGCCGACUACUACCAGCUGUCCGGCCUCAAGCGGCAGUGCGAGGAGCGCCUGCUGCAGCGGGUGGCCCUGGUGCCCGAGGAGGUGCUGCAGACAGUGGUGCUGGCGGACCGGUACGGCGCCCGCGCGCUAAAGGAGGCCGCCCUGGACGUGGCCGCCGACUACCUCAAGCCGCUGCGCCAGCGGCCCGAGUGGGACGACUUCGCGCGCCAGAACCACGACCUGGUGGCCGAGCUGAUGGGCGUGCUGGCGGACAAGCUGGAGCAGGCGCAGCAGGCCGUGCUCAAGGGGCAGCAGCAGCACCAGAGCCUGGUGCGGCAGGGCGGUGCGGGCGGCGCCCAGUACCUGCCACCGCGUAUGGCGCCGCAGUGCUCGCUCGGGCUCGGCCACUACGGCGGCGACGUCUUCGGCCAGAUCCUAAUCAGGCCAAACAGGCGCGAAUCCCGCGACGAAUCGAUACUGCUCUGGUGAUGCCGAGGCCGCCGUCGAGGAGCGAACACCAAAGUCGCUUAAUGAAUGAGUGAUACGCUCGUGACGAGUGAACUGAACUUUAAGCAUAGAGUUAAGCAUUAAGUCAUUUUUAUACGAAGUGAAUUAUAACCAACACCCCCUGCCAA